UGGGCUGGGGGGGCAGAGGCUGGGCCUGGGGCUGGGCCUCUAUCCAGAGGCCUGGCUUUUCUGCCACUUCAGGGCCCAGGUUCCCCUCCCCCAAUAAAAGGGGUCAGAAGGAGCGUGCCUGCUGUAGCGGGGGUCCGGGGCACCAUGGCCCAGGCCCUGGGGGAGGACCUGGUGCAAACUUCAGAGCUGCAGGAUGACUCCAGCUCUUUGGGAUCCGACUCAGAGAUGAGUGGGCCCGGCCCAUAUCGCCAGGCUGACCGCUAUGGCUUCAUCGGGGGCAGCUCAGCAGAGCCGGGGCCAGGUCACCCUCCUGCGGACCUCAUCCGCCAGCGAGAGAUGAAGUGGGUGGAGAUGACCUCACACUGGGAGAAAACCAUGUCUCGGCGGUACAAGAAGGUCAAGAUGCAGUGCCGGAAAGGCAUCCCCUCAGCCCUGCGGGCGCGGUGCUGGCCUCUGUUGUGCGGGGCCCACGUGUGUCAGAAGAACAGCCCCAGCACCUAUAAGGAACUGGCCGAGGCUCCUGGCGACCCGCAGUGGAUGGAGACCAUCAGCAGGGACCUGCACCGCCAGUUCCCUCUGCACGAGAUGUUUGUGUCACCUCAGGGUCACGGGCAGCAGGGGCUCCUGCAGGUGCUCAAGGCCUACACGCUGCACCGGCCGGAGCAGGGCUACUGCCAGGCCCAGGGCCCUGUAGCCGCCGUGCUGCUCAUGCAUCUGCCCCCAGAGGAGGCCUUCUGGUGCCUGGUGCAGAUCUGCGAGGUCUACCUCCCUGGCUACUACGGGCCCCACAUGGAGGCUGUCCAGCUGGACGCUGAAGUGUUCACGGCCCUGCUCCGGCGGCUGCUCCCGCGCGUGCACAAGCACCUACAGCAGGUGGGCGUCGGGCCCCUGUUGUACCUGCCCGAGUGGUUCCUGUGCCUCUUCGCCCGCUCCCUGCCCUUCCCCACAGUGCUGCGCGUCUGGGAUGCCUUCCUCAGCGAGGGUGUGAAGGUGCUGUUCCGUGUGGGGCUGACGCUGGUGCGCCUGGCAUUGGGCAGCACAGAACAGCGCCUGGCCUGCCCGGGCCUCCUGGAGACGCUCGGUGCCCUCCGAGCCAUCCCCCCCGCCCAGCUGCAGGAGGAGGUCUUCAUGUCCCAGGUGCACAGUGUGGCCCUGUCGGAGCAUGACCUGCAGCGGGAGAUCAGGGCCCAGCUGGCCCAGCUGCCCCAGUCAACGUCCGGGCCGCCCCCCAGGCCGCAGGCGCGCCUGCCCGGGGCCCAAGCCAUCUUUGAGGCCCAGCAGCUCGCAGGGGUGCGGGGAGGCGCCAGACCCGAGGUGCCCCGAAUAGUGGUGCAGCCCCCAGAGGAGCCCAGGCCACCACGGCGCAAGCCCCAGACCCGAGGCAAGACUUUCCACGGGCUCCUGACUCGGGCCCGGGGCCCUCCUAUUGAGGGCCCCCCCAGGUCUCAUCGAGGCUCCACCUCCUUCCUGGAUACGCGAUUCUGAAGGUCUCGCUUCCGAGGCACCGCGGACUCGCGUCCCCUGCGCCCACAUGCCGGAGGGGCUGAUGCCCGCCUCACGAGUGGGCACCGCACUUUACCGCUGGGAUUCGGCAGCUCAGCGCCCUUCCCCCGGACUGUGCCGGACACAGGGAGGAAGGAAGGUCACACGGUGUCGUGUCAGGGGCUCCGACCUGCCGCUCUCCCACGGGGCUGUCCUGCUGGCUGGGCCCUUGCAAGAAUGGAAGCUGGUGCUGAAGGACGGUGGGGUUAAGGGCAGCUGGCUGGGCUGGGGGCCCCGAAGGGCUCCUGGGGGCGCCUGGAAUAAAGCCUGACUGAGCAGAAACC